AUGGUGCUCGGUCUUCGUACGGCGUAUGGCGUGAUUCAGGAUAUGCAGUGUCUGUCGUCAAUGUGGUUCAAGAAGAUCAAGGGAACCACACACAAGGAUCGCCUCGAGUCCUUCUACAGCCCCCAAGCACAUGCCUAUGACAGAUUUCGCAAAAACUUCCUCCACGCUCGUAGGCCAAUGCUGGCGGCGUGCGCUGCGCGCCUGCGCGGGUCAACCGGCAUGGUGUGGGUGGAUCUGGGCGGCGGAACCGCGGAGAACGUGGAUAUGAUGGCGGAGUUCAUCGAUCUGUCCGCGUUCGACAAGAUCUACGUGGUGGACAUCACACCGUCGCUGUGCCGCGUGGCGGAGCAGAAGGUGAAGCAGCGCGGGUGGACCAACGUCGUGAUUGUUGAGGGCGACGCCUGCGCCUUCGUGCCGCCGGAAAAGGCCACCCUCGUCACCUUUUCCUACUCCCUCUCCAUGAUCCCGCCUUUCAUGGACGCGGUGGACGCGGCAGAAGGCUACAUGGAGGAGGACGGCAUCAUGGGCGUCGCGGACUUUUUCACCUCCGCCAAGUUCGACCUGCCCAACCGCCAGCACACGUACGCCCAGCGCUGGUUCUGGCGCUCCUGCUUCGACCUGGACGGCAUUGAUCUCUCGCCCGAGCGCCGGCAGUACCUGGAGCACAAGCUCGAGACCGUGUACGAGUACAACGGCCGCGGCCAUAUCCCCUACGUGCCGUAUCUGAGGGCGCCCUUCUACAUCUGGGUCGGACGCCGCAGAGACUGCCAGAAGGUCAAUCUGGUGCGCUUCCCUGCACGGGCAGCGGACGAUCUGGAGUUCAAGAUCCCACCGGGCUUCCCCCCGACGUUCCUGUACUCGCUGUCGUGGGAGGACCCGCGCGAGGACGACAAGGUGCUGGAUAUCAACCCCAGCGACACCAUCCUCACGCUCACGUCCGGCGGCUGCAACGCGCUCGACCUCGUGCUGCAGGGAGCGGGCAAGGUGGUGGGGGUGGACAUCAACCCGGCUCAGAGCUACCUGCUGGAGCUCAAGCGAGCGGCCAUCCUGCGCCUGCCCUUUGAGGACGUGUGGAAGAUGUUCGGCGAGGGCAUUCACGAAGGCUUCCCCGAGCUGCUUGAGCGGGAGCUCGUGCCGUUCAUGAGCCAGGGCGCCACCAACUUCUGGCGGUGGAAGAAAUAUUACUUCCGCAACGGCAUCUACUUCCAUGGCGGCAUGGGUCGUCUCAUCCGUGCCGUGCGAGUCCUUGCCAAGCUCACCAGAAUGGAGAAGUGGAUUGACAACCUGGUCAAUGCCCCCUCUGUCGAGACCCAGUAUGAGAUCUGGACCAACACCAUUGGUCGGUGGCUCACCCGAGCCAACAUGUUUGCGCGUAUCUUUGGGUUCUUCUUCACCAACCGUGUCGUGCUCUGGUUCUGCGCCGGCAUCGCCCGCGGCCAGCUGCGCCUUAUUCGCAAGGAGGACAACGUGUACCGCUACGUGGUCCGAUGCUUGGAUUCCGUGGCAGAGACAACGUCCUUGCGUGACAGCAACUACUUCUACCGCUGCUGCCUGACGGGGCAGUUCUCGCGCAACUGCUGCCCGCGCUUCCUGCAGGAGCCCUGCUUCAACAAGCUCAAGACGGAGCUUGCCGCCCGGGACUGCAUGCUCAUCUCGACAUCGUACUUUGUGGAAGAGCUGCGAGCACGCAUGUACACCAAGGUCAUUCUGAUGGACCACGUGGACUGGCUGGGGCAGCGCGACAUUGACACGCUUUGCCAAGCACUCAAGGACCAAGUCAAGCCCGGAGGUCGUGUCAUCUGGCGCAGCGCGUCUCGCAACCCCGAGUAUGCCAAGGACAUUGAGAAGGCCGGAUUCAAGGUGGUGCAAGUGCGCUCCAUCACACAGCAGCAGUACAUGGACCGAGUCAACAUGUACGCCAGCUUCUACGUCGCCAUCCGCAACGGAGGCCCCGAGAACAUUCAGAUCUUCAAUGAGCCGCCCAACCCUCUUGCCCUCACCAAUGGCACUGAUGCUGCUGCCCCUGCCGCUAGCUCCUGA